AUGGCAUCCGACACUCUGGCUCGCCACAUUCAUCUGAUUGGAAACAUUGACGAACGUCUGGGCCACCCACCCAAUUCAUUGAGUUUUGCUACACGCGACAGGCUCUCACCAACAACACUCCCGCUCGAACACGUUCAGUUUGGCUUCGAAGUCUACUCACCGUUGACCUUUUUUCCUGUGAAGCUAUCUAAUUUGCCACCUCAAGGUAUUGCCGGCGCUGCCUGUAUACCACUCGAGCAUUCCAAUGUCGUUCACACGAGCCUCUGCGCUCCGUUUCACCGGUCAGAGACGUUUAUGCCACUCGUUACCCGUUGA